GCAUCAGAUGGCUCUGAAGACUCCCAGGAGCGAGCAACUCUGAAGCAAAGCACCAGUAUAAAACCUACACCUGUUCAUCUCUCUUUAGGAUCCCUGUGAAACAAACCUACAAUCAUUACUUUUGCUGCUCUAGAAAGAAGUAUGGAGAUGUAGUCUGCCUCCCUUGCAUAGUGAUAGACAAGAUCCUUUAUACAGUAGGGCUCAUUUACACUGUUCUUUCCAAGGUCCGGUUCCAGCAAAACGCAGCAGCUGCAACAUAUAUAUUGUUUAAUUAUCUUCAUUCUCGGACUGGGCUUCAAACCAUUUUGAAGAAAAACUGGAUUUGUAUGUAACCUGCGGAGGUAUUGUAUCAGAGCUUUAUCAGAUAUUUUAAAAGCAGAACAACAUGUCUUUUACCUCCAAACUCCCCCCGUCCUGGAACGACAGACCCCCUCCUCGUAAGGUGGAGAUUGACCUGAGUUCACCGGGGCUGGCUGUGUUGGAGCUGGAACGACUCCUGUUCACUGGGAAAGCCAUCAACAGCCAUGCAGACGAAGUGUGGCCCAGACUUUACAUUGGAGACCAGGACAGUGCUACGAAUGUCCGCCAGUUGGCCAACCAUCAUGUCACCCACGUCUUGAAUGCAAACCACAGUAAACGGCGAGACGGUGCGGAGACUUACCUGGGAAUGAACAUCAAGUACUUUGGCAUCGAGGCUCAUGACUCCUGUAACUUUGACAUGAGUGUCAACUUCCAGACUGCCGCAGACUUCAUCCACAGGGCCCUCAGUGGAGGAGGAAUUUUAACUCAAGAAGUAGAAGAUGAUGUGAUGAAGCCGUUUGGAAAGACCUACAUCCCUGCUUCCUAUGUAAAGUAUAUAGAGUCAGCGGGAAGUAGAGUGGUACCUAUCAGGUUGACUCAGAGUACUGCCGAGUAUGAGAAGAUUUUCAAGUCAAUUAAUGGCCUGCUGCUCAUCGGAGGUUCGUCAGAUCUCGAGACGUCAGACUUUGCAAAGGUGGCAGGGAUCUUCUACAGGCUUGCCCUCAAGGCCAAUGAUGCUGGAGACUCCUUCCCUAUCUGGGGCACAUGUCUAGGGAUGCAACUGCUGACUUGUCUGGUGGCUGGAGAGAACCUGCUGACCAAAACCACAGCUGAGAACAUGGCCCUUCCCCUGAACCUCACCAAAGAGGCCCAUUCCAGUCAAAUGUUCCAGGGGUUCCCCAGUGAUGUCAUGAAGGCAUUAUCCCAGGAAGCUUUGACAGGGAAUUUUCACCAAUAUGGAGUGACCAUGAAGACAUUCAAGGAAAAUGAGAAGUUACAAAGUUUCUUCUCCAUCUUGUCCACGAACACAGCUGAAAAUGGUGCCAUCUUUGUCUCAACCAUGGAAGGGAGGACCUACCCCUUCUAUGGGGUCCAGUGGCAUCCUGAGGUGAACCGUUUCCAGUGGGACCCCAAACUCAACUUCCCCCACUCCUCAGACGCUGUACGCGUUGCCUCCCUACUGGCUGAGUUCUUUGUCAAUGAAGGCAGGAGAAGUUUGCAUCACUUCGACCAGCCUGAGGAAGAGGCUGUGUCACUCAUAUACAACUACACACCAACCUACGCUGGCAACUUCACUGGAUACGAGCAGAUCUACUUCUUCUGAGAUGUUGAAGUUCUGCCCUCACAACUCUAUAAUUCAUCCCUGAUGUUAUUAUGGGAUGUUAUGAGAAGUUUACCAUGGGCACUAAUUGUUGUUGGGCGUAAAUUGCUGGAGAUUGCUGUUGGGCGUAAAUUCUUAUUGUUGAAAUGAAUUCAACCUUCUGGCCCAAUCUACACUGAACAAAAAUAUAAAUGCAACAUGUAAAGUGUUGGUACCAUAUUUCAUGAGCUGAAAUAAAAUAUCCCAGAAAUGUC